GAGGGACAGACACUGCGAUCUCUUUCGUGGUCGACACCGGAUUUUAAAGUCUGCCGCAAAGCCUCAGAGAUUGAAUAUAGUACUACUCUCCCUUCUAAUUUCAAGUUUCGAUGGCGUCGCACCAAAAGAGGAUCGAAUUGGCUGAGCGACAUAUCAAGGAAAUCCAGGCGGAUAGGCUAACCGAUAAAGACAGUAGGAAUGCAAGAGACUUGCACAGAGCGGUGGACCUGCUGUCAAAGGAACUAUACCAGAUACAGACGCAUUUCCUCCUCGAGCUACUACAGAACGCGGAUGACAACACGUACAAGGCCGAUGUGAUCCCUAAUUUGACUGUGACUUACGCCGACAACUAUCUACAAACUGAAUGCAAUGAAGUUGGAUUCACGGAAGAGAAUGUCGAGGCAAUUUGUCAAAUCGGUCAAAGCACCAAGAGAGGAGAAAAUAAGAAUCAGGGAUAUAUUGGGGAGAAGGGGAUCGGAUUCAAAUCUGUGUUCAAAGUGGCCACUGUCGUCUGGAUCCAUUCACUUGAGUACUCUUUCAAAUUUGACUCGACCAAGAGAUUGGGCAUGAUCACUCCAUUAUGGGCAGUGUUCCCCCAGUCUACUCCACAAGGAGGCACAGCAAUGUGUUUUCAAUUAUCAGAGCAUUGUGAUAAGAAGAGGCUGCUUCAGGAGAUCACUUCAUUCGAUGCGAAUGUUCUUGUCUUCCUUAGAACCCUCAAACAGGUUACCUUAAAUGUGAAUGGAGAUUUUCACAGAGUGCUGCGUCGAAAAGAAGGGAACCGAAGUGAAACGAUGUCCACUGUCAAAAUCCUUGAGGACAACAAGGAAAUUCUGGAUUACAUUAUUAUCAAACACACUGUGCAAGACAUGCCUGAUGAUGAAAAGCGGCAUGAGAUCAGCCAAUCUGAUAUCUUAUUAGCAUUUCCAAACACGGAUUCUCCGGGCCAAAGUGAAAAGCAUCAGGUAUAUGCUUUUCUACCCAUUCGAGACUAUGGCUUCAAGUUCCUUCUUCAGGCAGACCUUUUACUUGUUACAAACCGUGAAGAUAUUGAUUGGUCCCGCGAUUGGAACAUCAAGCUUCGAGAGUCGAUACCUGAGGCUUUUGUAGAAGCAAUCCGACAUCUUAGCAACACUUCCCAGUGUUACAAAUGGCUGAAAUAUGUGCCGCGACGAAGUGAGCUUGGAGGCUUCUUUGAGUGUACUACACUCGCCAUUGUGGAACGCCUCCGCAAGGAAUCAAUCCUACAGUCAGAAAGCGGUCUAAUGAAACCGCCGAGCUCACUGACAUACGUCCCUAAAUCGUUUUAUUUUGACAAUAAGCCGUUGACACUCAACGCUGAAACAAAGUCCAAGUAUCUGAAUUGCAGAUAUCUCCACGAUAACUAUGACCAACUCAAAUACCUGCAAGUGAAGGUGAUGGACUUUGGCCAGUUCCUAGCCGACCUGCAGGUACAUCUCUCCAAACACGUGGGGAGCAAACGUGAGCCUCAGUACGAGUGGAACACCCGGUUGGCAAAAAUUCUUAUACCGGAAUUCAUUCGUCGUCAAGCAAUCAUUAAGAGUCUUCCGCUCAUUCUAUUGGAUGAUGGCCGAUGGGUUUCGGCUAUCGAAGCCAGAGGCAAACUCUACUUCCCCAGGAAGAUCGGGAUGGAAGCAAUUCCCCAGGCACUGCCUUUUAUGAUGAUUGACCCCCGAUCUCUGAGUGGCCCUCGAAGGGAACUUUUCAAAAUGCUUGGGGCCAAGGAUAUUGACGAUGCAAAAGUCUGUGACGCCAUAAUAAAGGUGCAUUCUUCGCAUACGACGGCGCCUUCAUUGCCCUACGAAGUUGUAAGAUCCCAUGCAAUCUUUUUAUUCAAAUCGGAUUGGCAGAAUAGAAAACAAAGCGAUUUCUGGAUUCCCACAGAAUCCGGACAUUUACAGAAAUCUUCAGAGGUGUAUUUGACUGACUUGGAGUUGGACCUUGUGGAAAAACCUCCAGUCUUACUCAAAAGUUUCAAAGCUUUUGAGUCAGAUCAUCAAAAGAAGUGGGACUAUUGGCUCUGGAAAGAGCUUCACCUCUGCACAGCCCCUCGUCUGGUUAACUCCCUUGGAGAGAACUUUGAGAUGUCUGGUGAAAUGACAUAUAUCCGAAAUUCCUGGCCAUCAGCUCGGUUCCUACAGCUCUUAAAAGAACACUGGGAUCUGUACUCUGAAUGGGUUGAGGAAAGAGCAUGCAACGGAAAAUCGCACGCCUGGAGGGCCUCGAGAGAUCGGAUACAUUAUUUCUUGAGCUCAACCAAAGUGGCGUGCCGGGACACUUCAGAACUUGUCCCACUGAAUCGAUGUGUUCUUCCUCCUACCCGCCCAGGAGCAGAUAUUCAAGUCAAGGAUAUUGAAGUCCAAAUUCUUGAUAUUCCAAACCACAAAGAUUCCUCAUGGAAGUUCUUGCAUCACUUGGGUGUUAAAGAGUUUAAGGACAUCGACGUGUUCAUCAAGAUACUGCAAGGCCUCAGUGGCUCUGAACCAAAGGAAGAAGUUGUCCGUAGCCUUUAUGAUGGGAUCCAAGAAUCCUUUUACGAGAACCAUGAACUAGUCAAACAAUGUUUCGCUUCAGAAUCUCUGAUCUACGUUCCAUCCAGAGCUUCAACUGAUAAAAGGUCCAGAUGGCUCUCCAACCCAUCUUGCGUAUGGAACGGCCCUAGGUUUCUCAAACAACGCGUUGUCCUACAAAAGAUCUGGCCCGGUCAUCAUAAGCUUUUCCAUAAGGCACUGGAGAUCAAAAAUGCUGACAUCGGAACGCUUGUCGUUGAAGCUCAAACAAUCACUUCUAGAGAUACUACGGACUAUAUUGCUCAGAUCUUCUGCGCCAUUAGCGAGAAACUAGAACAGAGCGAUGAAAGCCGAGAGGUGGUGAAAGGCCUACAAGACCACGAAAUCUUCCCUGUCAAAUUAUAUGACCAAGUCUCUGACUCUAGCAUCCCGGAUUUUAAAUUAUGCAGGCUGAAUGAUGUCUGGUUUAUUGCAGACAAUACACUCCUCUAUAAGAAAUUCUUAGGCUCUUUGCCAUUUCUCGCUUUUGAUGUUGAUCAGCUAACAAACAUGACCUGCAUAAUAGACACUAUUGAUCUCAAUGGCCGCCGCCUGUCUAAGGUGGCGGUAAAAACACCAAUUACAAAGGGAGAAAAGGUUCCGAGUCAGACUUAUUCGGACCUUUUAUACCCUAGGUGGGAGUUUAUUGCUCGACUUGUUCAAGAUCCUGCUCUCCAGGAGGACUUUGAUCAGAAGUUACGAAAUAUCAAAUUUUAUACCGUGGAUGAUGUACAGGUACAAUGGCAGGUGCCUCUACCUUCUGGCAAAGUGAUCACUAGCCAAGCACAGUCUAUUAGCGCAACAUCUUUGUCCAAGAGAGGAAUCUCUAAUGUUUAUAUUGCAAAGCGUUCAAUAAGGGCUCAUCAACGAGUACCCUAUGAGCUGUUGGCAUGUCUUUUGCGACUGUGUGACAUACCACCUGAACAUACUGGUCUUUUCAGUGAGAUUCUUAGUAUUGACACGAAAGAAUUGAACGAUCUGCUGGGAUUUUAUUAUAUCCCGCGUCUACGAAAAAAGACUGAUCUGUCCGAAUUUCAAGAGAACGACGCUGACGACGACAACGCAGUCGAUUCUGAUGCUAAAAUCCAGUCAUCCCAAGAUCAAACUGUGCAGAAACCGCUUGCAAACAAUCCGGACUCAAUUGAUUCAUCUCGGUUUACCCCUGAAGAUGAAAAGGAACAACAACAAGAAGAGGAAAUCAGCCAGUCAUCACAGAGUUCCAGCAGCGCAACCAGAUUCAGGAAUAGGGACUUAGACUCAAUUGAUUCAUCUCUAUUUACUCAUAAAGAUGAAAAGGAGCAACAACAGGAAGAGAAAGUUGGCCAGUCAUCACAGAAUCUAGGCAGCACAUCUAGAUCCAGGAAAAAGGAGGACCUAGAGCCAACAGAUUCAUCUCCAUUUACUCCUCAGGAUGAAAAGGAACAACAACAGGAAGAGGAAGUCAGCCAGUCAUCGCAGAAUCUAGGCAGCGCAACCAGAUCCGGGAACAAGGACUUGGAGUCAACAGAUGCAACACCAUCCAUGCCAAAUAUCACCAGGAAGACAUGGAGGGAGACGGAUAUUCCACAGCCCCGGAGCAAGAAAGAUGAAAAGUCAUCAGACAUGACUCCAGCGCAACAGUUGAAAUAUGAUCGUUUAGCGCCCUUGAGCAAGUCAUUGACAGUCCUAUCUUCCUCCACAUUUUUCAACUCAGCCAAACCCUUGAACUCAAAUUUCAAGCCGUUUUUCCGUCCCCAAGCAGAGAGUAAGCAGCAAGAACAUGCAAUCUCAAACAACAUUGCCGAGACGGCUUCAAAGCCAACUAGGACAGAGGAAGUCCACGAUCAACCCGGAUUCAUUGCUUAUAUGCGGAGUUUGAAAGAAGGAAACAAAAAAGUCACAAUUUCAGGUCAGGCCAACAUGAUUUUUGUUCCCACGCCGGAUGGUCUUCCAGAAUUGAACUCGGGGACCCGUGGUGGUCUUACGGUCCUGCCUGCAUGCAUGGAACUUUCCGAUACUUACGAGCGAACCAUAUUCAUUGCCCUUAACCCAACUCGCGCGGUUGACCAUGAAUCCGAAUUCUUGGGACAGGUAUUUGUCUCUCAGUUGCUCAAUAUUCUACUUGAGAACUAUAAACCCGAAACACAUUGGACAUGCACGAUGCGCAGCCAGCUUGGACAUUUACCAUUUAAAGAACUAGAGACUCCAACCGCGACAUUCACAGUCGACCGCGAAAAUUCCGCUCCUAUGACAGAAUUCCUUCUUCUCCAAUCAUACAAGCAGGCUGAACUCUGGAAAGGAAGUCAGCCAGUCUAUCACAUCGAUGUUCACACAACCAUCAAGGAUUGGAAGGAUCCCGUCACACUAAGUUUGUCGAAGCUGGAAAUGGCGGGAAAUUUCAGCACAAUAAAUAGAGAAGAGCCUCCUAGAGAUGUCUUCAUCAUUGUCCGUGUUUCGGAAAUUUUGGCUGAAAAACCAAAAAUUUUUAUUCUGAUCGAUCCGUGGAUGAUGUUCUCGACUCACCAGCUGAAGCUGAAAUAUCAACGUGACUCUACAGUACAUCUAAUACCUUCCUUCCCUCCGCAAAUACAAGUCGGCGAACUUGAAAGCAUCCGAGCGGACCUGGUCCGCAGGCAGGAGCCCCAGAUUCCUCAGUCCAUUACCGAUGAUUCCUAUAGUGGACGGGGUGGUUUCCCAAAGCCCCUCUCCCCAAUCAGAAAGCGCGAGCCAUUUGCAUGGCAGCCCUUGAGCGAGCAGAACAGGGCCUUUAGACUCCUGCAACUCUUUUCUGGAAAAGGGACCGAAGAGCUACAAGCAAAGUUAGAACACUGCUCGCUGAAUGAGAGUCCGCAAUAUGUCGCCCUUUCUUAUGCAUGGGGAAGCAAUCUGCGGCCAUUCAAUUUGAAAACUAAUUUGGGGAUAAUCCCCCUGACUGCAGCUAUAUACUUAGGACUACGGCGGUUACGAAAUGAAACCAAGGAUAUCUACAUCUGGGCGGAUGCAAUCUGCAUUGAUCAGGACAAUGAUCGGGAGAAGCCACAGCAGAUUCGACUACUUUCAGAUAUCUUCAAAACAGCAACACAUGUAUUCGCGUGGUUGGGAGAGGAAUAUGAUCAGAGCAGCGCUGCCAUCGAUACUCUACGCCGUCUCGUUGAAGACACGGCGGAUAAAGAGGAUGGUUCGGCGCGUCGGUCCGGACAGGGAAUGAAAAUCCCCCCCGUUGAGGACCCAAUAUGGGAUGCGAUCAUCAAGAUUUUAGAACGAACGUGGUUUCGGCGAGUCUGGAUCAUUCAGGAGCUAGUUCUAGCACGAGAAGUGACCCUGGUCUGUGGUGAUCGAAAGAUCCCCUGGGAGACAUUCUAUGCAGCGAUUGAGCUCUGCUUCGAGCAUGCCAAGAUGCCUGGGUUUGAAUACUUGCUUUCAAUGAAAAGCACCGCAUCAGUUGCCCUGGAGCUGGGCAAGUUUCGAAGCCUCAGCCGUAAAAAUGGAGAAUUCGUGGCUCAGGACACUCUGCUAAAUCUCCUUGAGGUCUUCAAUCUUGCGAAGUCUACGAAGUACCGAGAUAAACUUUUCGCAUUGCUCAGCCUAGCUAAUGAUGCCGAUGAGGAAGAACUCAACCCCGACUAUAAAGUCAGUCUGAGGGAGGUUGUCGAACGAUACGCCCGCGUAUUUGUGAAACGAGGUCAAGCCAUGGAUCUCCUAUAUCGAGCAAGGGUUUCCACCUCUGGCGAGCGUUUCCCCUCUUGGAUUCCUGACUGGACCACCGGUCCAUACCCUGAAACAAUCUCCACCUGGGGCUGUCGAACUGGGGAUGGGAACUGCGAAUUUGCAAAGAGUGGACGACGCUGCAGCGCCCACAGCGGCUGCUUCAAGGCGGCAACACGUUUCGGGGUGGAGGCCAAGGUGAAAGCGGGCGGGCUUUUGUACGUUCAAGGCGCCGUUGUCGACACGAUUAUUGAGCGUGGUGAUUGUGAUUCGAGUACCAACGAUACCAUGGACUACAUCCGUGAAAUCUUCCAGUUCAUCACCGACAAGAUCCCGGACCAUGUCGAGCAGGAAAUUGUCAAGGCUAGCCUACCAAUUGGCGGAGCCAGCAACCCAUCGAGGGAAAAAUGGCCUGGCGAUGAUCGUUUGAACGCAUAUCAGGCUCUCCUCAACUAUCUCAAGCCCGAGGUCCAAGAACCGCUCGAUAAACGGACAGAACCGCUGAAGCUACGCUCUGCCAACCAGGUGCUCGACUCUCCAACCGUGCCAAAUCACAUUCGCAGAGAGCUGUGGCCCUUCCUCGUCACCGCACUAGACUUUGCAGAGCUCCUCUCCACGGCGGUCGUCUGCGCAACAAAGCAAGGCCGGGUCGGCCUUGUGCCUACCACCGCGAAAGAGGGGGACCUCAUCGCCCUUUUCUACGGCAGUCGGGUUCCUUUCAUCAUUCGGCAAUCUAACGAGCAUACCUCGGAAUACAACCUGAUUGGCGAGUGCUAUAUCCACGGGCUCAUGCAGGGAGAAUGGUUCCACGACAAGACUUCUCAUGAAGGAAUUCAGAUCAGACUUGUCUAAUCUGGUGUCUCUCUCUAUUGUUGAAUAGAUCGGUGUUUGCUUCCCUCUAAAAGACGGAUUUAGAUUUAAUUAAAUACAUCUUUAUUCUCACAACUAAA